CCCAGCUUAAAAAUGUUAUUCAUUCUCUUCAAAUUAAUUGCCAUUAAUACAAUGGUCAAGUAAUGCCUGUUUAAAGGUGUUUGAGUCUGAAUGCAGAGAGUUUUGGAGAGUUUCAAUUUUUCUGUGUCUGAACUAAUAAAGCCACUUCCUGUUUAAGGUUAGCACUAUUUAAAAAGAAACCAUGCCCGUCAUUCAACCACAGCCCAUCAGUGUAAACUUGAUGUCUUAUGAGUGAAUCAUGGAUUUAGAGGACAUUUAUGAAAAUAUUGAAAACGAUGAUAUUAAGGACACACCUGCACCUCAAACACAGAAUCACAGACAGGAUGAAAGAAAUGCUCAAAAGUGCAGUAAGUAGAAAGUUUCAUUUGAAGCAGAAAUGGUGUCAUUCAAGUAUGAGAAAUAUUCAUUAUAGUUUAAAUCCUUUUUCAAAUAACCAUGUUUCUGCUUUUUUAUAAUAUGAUUUAACAUGGAAUUAUUUUUAACAAAACAUGUUUUUAUUUUCAUAUUGUACUGCAUAAAUGUUGCUGUUAUUAUCAAGGAAUAAACGUUUUUAUAAUUUAAAGAUAAAGGUGGAUUUGUUGUUUUGGUCCUGUUUGUCAGGAGGAAGAGGGUGUUUGGUGUUGAUGACAGUGUGUCUCGGGCUCAUUUGUAUUCUUCUGCUGGUCUUCAUCACACUGCAGCACAUCUCCAUCACAGCAGAGAGAGAAUCUCUGUUCAAGAGCCACAAGAACACAGUUGAAGAGUUCAAUCAGACCAUCAGCAGAUUACAGCACAAUUACACUGAUCUAAUGACUGAGAAAGACCUACUGAAGAACAGCCUCAACUCUCUGAGUCAGAAGAAACUGGAGUUAGAGACCAGAGUCGAUGAUCUUACUGCUGAGAAAAGCCAGUUACAGGGAAGCGUUGACUCUUUGAGUCAGAAAAAAACAGAGCUACAGACUCAACUAAGGAAGUUAUACGAACAAGGAAAGGACAGGUUUUCUAUAUCCAGUGAGUGGAAGAACUGGUCUGAGAGCCGGCAGUACUGCAGGGAUCAUGGUGGUGAUCUGGUCAUUAUCAACACUGAGGAGAAGCAGAGGUUCUUAUCUUCAUUCAUCAAGGACAGAGUGUGGAUUGGUUUGACUGACAUUGAGAAUGAAGGCAGCAUGAAAUGGGUGGAUAAUUCACCACUGAAUGAAGGGUUUUGGUAUGAAUAUGAGCCAAAUAACGCAGGUGGAGAUGAGGACUGUGUUGAACUGAUGCCUUCAGGCAACAUCCGGAGCUGGAAUGAUCUCAAAUGCUCUGAGAAGAGAAAAGGGAUUUGUGAGAAAUAGGGUUCAUCCUGUCUUGUCAUAUUUUAUGGAAUCAUUAUCUGUAACAUACAAAACCACAAAUGGAAAUGAAUAAAACAGAAAAAUGUAAAACUGCGUACUAAUAA